AUGUGGGAAGCCCGUCGUCGACGUGAAGAGGCCGAGGAAGAAGCUGACCGGAAGCUGCUCGACGCCGUGUGUAAGGCCUCUCUGGUGGAGUACAACGGCCGGGAGCGCGCGCUCGAGACGUUUGCGUCCGAGACGUCGCAGCAGACGCGCGCGCACGAGACGUCGUCGGUGGCUCUGCAGCGGGCAAAAGGUGAGGCCGAGCAGCGCAAACACGCCGCGAUGCAGGUCGUGAUUGACAGCAAAGCACGGGCCAAGCACAUGAGCGAGAAAGCGCGCGACGCGACGUCGCUGUACGAGCAAAAGGCCACGGAGCGGCUCGUAAAACAAGCCGAACUCGACGCGCUGAAGCUCCGCGAGGCGCAAGCAGCCGAGAUGCGCGCGAUGCAGGAGCGCACGCAAGCGGCCGUGCUCAAGCGCGCGGAAGCCGAGCAAAAGGCGCGCGAAGCUCGGGACAAGGCAGAGGCCAUGCGGUGCCGCGCAUUUCAGGCAGCGUCCACCCUUCGCGCCAACUCGCGUCGACAGAUCGAGACGCGGCUCAGUCACGAGGAGGCGCAGCGUCAGCAAGAGAUGCAGCGCAAGUUGGACGAGAUCGAGAGGGCAAAGGCGGCGGCGCACGAGAGACGGGAAGCAGCAGCCAAGAAGGCAGCGGACGCACGUCGUCGUGCAGAUGAGCUCCGAUUGCGGGCGGAGCAGGCCCGAGCGGGACUGAUGAAGCACGCGACGGCAGCAGCGCCUCCGUCUCGGGCUUAG